CUAGAAACUGUUGUUUAUUGAUCGAUUAAUUAUCUCAAUGAUUCAUUGUCUACUAUCAGCUGUAAUUCACAGCUGUUUCCAAUAUAUAAGGAAAGAAAUCGGCGCCUAACUUUUCUUUUAAAUUUUCGUUUUAAUUAUGUCAAUAGUGAACUUUGUCAAAAUCGUAAUUUCGGAGCUCCGAUUGUAGACUAACUGUAGGUUCUGUAGAUGAUCUGACUAAAAAUGGUACGAGUUCGAUCUCGAUACUUGUACUUCACGUUUGAACGAGUCUUUUCUGACUUUCCAUUCUCGAGAUCAUCGCGUCAAAAAAUGACAAGUUUGAUGCGUACGUCGAGCUAAAAAGUAAGAAAAAAAAAAAACUCGCGACGGACUACAUAAAUGCUGUGCUUCGCACCGCAUUAAAAAGUAAACUCGCGACGAACUACAUAAAUGCUGUGCUUCGCACCGCAUUAAAAAGAAAAAAAACUCGCGACGGACUACAUAAAUGCUCCUGCUUCGCAGGGCAUUAAAAACUCGCGACGGACUACAUAAAUGCUGUGCUUCGCACCGCAUUAAAAAACUCGCGCACGACUACAUAAAUGCUCCUGCUUCGCAGGGCAUUAAAAAAACUCGCGCACGACUACAUAAAUGCUCCUGCUUCGCAGGGCAUUAACUAGAUGGUAUUCGAGUUUCGACUCGAAUACGAAAUGCGGUGCGAAGCACGAAUUUCUCGAAUCUUCGAAAAGAGGAAUUUCGAAUUGAAAGGAAUAUAUAAAAAAAAAUGCUAAAAACAAAUCUCUGUUGAUAUUUUAUUGAAGAGAUAAUUGAAAUAAUAAAAGUAAAAUGGUUAUUUUAGUUUUUAUUGUUCAAAAUAAAAAAAAAAAAAACUUGCUCAUAUCAAUUUAAAUAAAGAUAAUCUGUUCGGUUUUAGUUAAAGGUAACUAGUAUUUCUAUAGAUAGAUUUAAAUUCUUGGGAGAAGAUUUCAAAUCGAUUGUUUAUUAAGUAAUCCAGAUCGAUUAUAAUAAUAAUAUAAUCAGAAAUCUUUCUCUAACUUUAAUUUAAAUUGUUAAACCAAUCAGUCUUUAUUGGUCAUUAUCAAUAUAACAUAAAUCAAUAAUUCAAAAUGAAUUUAUUUCAUCAAUAUUUUUCGAUUAUAUAUAAUUAUGUAUUUGAAAACUUCUUUAAUAUUAUUAUGAUAAAAAAACGUUUUUUUUUUAAGGAGUUUUGUUAAUUUCAAGUUUCAAUUAUAAAUCUCAAUGUUAUCUAAUAUGAUAUAAACAUUCAGGAAUUCUUAUAAAACAUUAAAAUAAUUCUCAUAUUUUUCAUUUACAAUAAUAAAAUAUAGUUUUCUGCAAUGUUUUUAAAUUCAUCCUUGAUGAUUUACUUUUGUUUACAUAAAAACUUGAGCUAUUCUAUAAAGCAAGUCACUUUUCACAUAAGAACUAAUAAAUUUUUUGUUAUAAUAUGUUUGAAAAUGUUUCUUAUCUCUAUGUGCUUUGAUUAAUCAAGUAUUGGAAAAUAGUUUUUGAAAACUAGAAUUUUUUUUAUGAAAACUUGCUAAGAUUUGUCAUUUGUAUAAUAAAAAAAUGUUUGAAAAUUAUCUACUAUAGUUAAACGUUAAUUGAAUUUAUAUUUGCAAAUGAGAAGUAGAUCAUAGAUAUAUAUUAUGAAAUUUAUCCCAACAAAUUUAAUUCGAAAUAAUUAUUUUUAUAAUAAAGAUUUUUUUGCAUUUAAAAAAAAAAUAUUGACUAUGAUUGAAUUAUGUUUUUUUGAUGAAUAUAGAACGGGUAAUUGAAUUAUAGGAAAAAAUGAUUCGAUUUUCUGAUAUAUAAAUGAAAAAUGAUAGUUUUUGAAAGUAAGAAUCAUUUAUUAAAAUAAUAAAUAAAUAAUAAUUAUACAAAAAUGAUUUAAAAAUAUCUUCAUCUUAUAUAUAUAAUAUAAUAUUAAAACGAUCUCACUAGUCAUCAAUUUAAAUCAAAACUAAUAUAUCUGUAUUCGAACAUAUAUUUAAUAUUUUCAUUGAAAUAUUAUUUUUAAUUUCGAAAAAAUUCUAAGAGAAAAUCUGUAUGAAAGAAAAAAAAUCGAUUCUGUUUUAAGAAGAUCAUUUGAAACGAACGAAUAGAAAUCUUCCUUUAGUUUUCUUUGUUAAAAAUACUUUCAUUUAUCAUAUAUUAAAUGAUUCAGUAAUUAUUCGUCAUCAUUAUUUUUUUUUCUAAAUUUAAUUGAAACAAGACGUGGACUUAAUUGAAUAAUACUGUUUUUAUUUAUUAAAUAUACGAAAAACGAUAUUAAAUUUUGGUGAAUACUUUAUCUUUGUUUUCUUUAAAAUAUUUAGGAAUAUUAUGAAAGCAUUUUCUAUUUCAAUUUGAACAAUAUCAAAUAUAGUCAAACAUGAAUAAAUGAAUGUUUAACUUCUAAAAUAAAACAAAAUGACUCGUUAAGAAGAAAGAGCCAACGAAUAUAAAUCAUGGUAGUAUAUAUAUACAUAUAUCGUGGUUAUUUUGUUUUCGAUUUUGUAAUUAAAAUAAUAUGUUUAAUAUUAGAGGUUUCUAUUUAGUGUCUGUCUAUCUAUCAAGCUAAUCUUUGUUGGUUUGACUAAUCUUAUCAAUUGAAUUCAAAAAAAAAAGAAUGAACAUUAUUGAUGAUUUUCUUGUGUUUUUUCUCGUAGAUGAUGACUUCAAUGAACUAAGUCAAACAAAUACUUAUUCAUUCGUCGAUUGAAUCGAUUUGUGAAAAAACACGAACGAAAGACAAAAAACAAAUCUAAAUAUACACCAAUAUAAAUAUGAUUGAAUUGUCGUUAGAAUAAUAUGUCAACGAACAAACACAGGGAUAUAUGUUAUUGAAAAAGGAAUUACAAAUAAACACAAUUUCAAGUGUAUUUUUCAAUAGAUUUUCAUUUACCUGAUUCAUUAAUGUAAGUUUUUUUGAUUUAAAUCAAUGUCAAUCAGUUUUUUAUUAUUUUAGAACAAAAAGAAAGUAAAAAUAUUAAUUAACGAUGAUGAAUCAGUUGAAAUGUUAUAUUCAAAAUUAUGUCUUGAUUUAAAUAUGGAUAUGGAACUAAACUUAGAUGCAUGGCGUUCAUAUGAACAUAUUCGUAAUUAUUAUGUGUUAGAAGGCGAUCAAUUACAUUGGUUAGCUGCAUCAUUAUAUGUAUCAUGUAGACGAUAUCCUCAUAUAACAACAUAUGAUAAUAAUCCAAUAUAA